AUGGAGGCGGAGCGCAAGAAGAAGGAGGCGGCUGAGCGUCGUCGCGAGCGUGAGGCUGCUGCGCGCGCCAACGUGUCCCUGGACAACCUCCGUUCACCUAUUUGCUGUAUCAUGGGUCACGUCGAUACCGGUAAGACCAAGCUGCUUGACAACAUCCGUAAGACCAAGGUGCAGGACGCGGAGGCUGGUGGUAUUACCCAGCAGAUCGGUGCGACCUUCUUCCCCGUGGAGGCCAUCAAGCAGAAGACCGCUCGCCUCGCCGAGACGAUGAAGCUCGAGUACCGCCUGCCCGGUCUGCUUGUGAUUGAUACCCCUGGUCACGAGUCUUUCACGAACCUGCGUACGCGUGGUUCGUCGCUGUGUGAUAUCGCCAUUCUGGUGGUUGAUAUCAUGCACGGUCUGGAGCCGCAGACGUUGGAGUCGCUGCGCCUGCUGCGCCAGAAGAAAGCUCCGUUCGUGGUUGCUCUUAACAAGAUCGAUCGUUGCUACGGAUGGAAGACGAUGCCCGACAUGCCCGUCCAGGAGGCGCUCAAGCACCAGAACGAGCACGUCAUUCGCGAGUUUGAGGACCGCAUGAAGUCCAUUAUUGUUGAGUUUGCCGAGCAGAAGCUGAACGCCGAGGUCUACUGGCGCAACAAGGACCUGGCGCACACGGUCUCGCUUAUUCCCACCAGUGCUAUCUCGGGUGAGGGUGUGCCGGAUCUGCUCAUGAUGCUGACGCGUUUGACGCAGGAGCGCAUGGCCAAGUCGCUGGCUUUCGUGGAUAUUCUGCAGUGUACCGUGCUUGAGGUGAAGGUUAUCGAGGGUCUCGGUACCACAAUUGAUACGAUCCUGGUGAAUGGUACACUUGAGGAAGGCUCGACUAUUGUCGUGUGUACAUUAGAUGGACCUGUGGUGACCACGAUUCGGUCCCUGCUGACCCCGCACCCCAUGAAGGAAAUCCGCGUGAAGGGCGAGUACCUCCACCACCAGAAGAUGAAGGCCGCUAUGGGUGUCAAGAUUUGCGCUCAGGGUCUCGAAAAGGCGGUUGCUGGUACGCAGAUUUACGUGGUUGGCCCCGAUGACGACGUCGAGGAGCUGAAGGACUCGGUCAUGUCCGACCUUACGGGCAUCUUGGACUCAGUGAAAGCCACCCGCCGCGGUGUCAUGGUGCAGGCUUCGACUCUUGGUGCGCUGGAGGCGCUUCUGGAGUUCUUGCGUACGUGUGACCCGCCUAUUCCCGUCUCGUGCGUGAACAUCGGACCCGUGCACAAGAAGGACGUUAUGCGUGCCUCGGUGCAGCUCGAGCACCAGCCCGAGUUCGCUACCAUUCUGGCGUUCGACGUGAAGGUUCACAGCGACGCCACGGAGCUGGCCGCGGACCUUGGCGUGCGCAUUUUCACAGCUGACAUCAUUUACCACCUGUUCGACCAGUUCACGGCGUACAUGGACAACUUCCGUCAGGCACGUCGCGAGGAGUUCGCAGAGGUUGCUGUGUUCCCGUGCGUGCUGAAGAUCCUGCCCAACUGCGUGUUCAAUAAGAAGGACCCGAUUAUUCUCGGCGUGGACGUUGAAGAGGGCAUCCUGAAGGUGGGUACGCCGCUCGUGGUGCCGUCUGCUGGCGGCUUCCUGGUGGGUAAGGUGGGCUCGAUUGAACGUGAGCACAAGGAGGUGGACCGCGCCAAGAAGGGCGCGUCCGUGGCCGUGCGGAUAGACAACGAGGGCAGCGUCAUGUACGGCCGCCACUUCGACCACAAGAACAAGCUCGUGUCGCGCCUGACCCGCCAGAGCAUCGACGCGUUGAAGGAGAAUUUCAGGGAAGACCUGCAGAAGGAGGACUGGCAGCUCGUCAUCAAGCUCAAGAAGGUGUUCGAUAUCAUUUAG